GAGAGAAAUCCCCGUGAAUGAUCAACAUCUUCCCAAAACUUUCCAAGAGCUCGGCCGGGGCCCCUGCGUCACCCGGGGCCGCGGCGCGGAGAGGGGCUGGCCGGGGAAGGGGCGUUCCGCGCCCCGGGUGUGGGACACACGAGCCCUUCUGGAGCUCCCAGUUGGAGCUCGCGGGCUGGACACGGAGGGCAGGCUCUCCCCGGGAGGACAGACGGACAGCAAGCGGCCCAGGUGAGAGGAAGAUGAAGGUCCUGCUGGUGCUGACGAUGCUGUUUGCCUGCAGUGUGUUCACAGCGCACGGGAAGCACCCCCGCACCUUCACACCGGGACUGGAGGGAAGCACCGUGGGAAACCUGACUGCCCAUGGAUGCUACAGGGGAUGGGGCACCUCGAGGGCUUCAGUGGAUCGGUGCUGCCUGCUCCGAGCCUGCUGCUACGCCAGGCUGGCAGCGCGGCGGUGCCGCGUGGGACCCGUGCAGCCCCUCUCCGUGCCCCGGGCAGGGAUCGCCGCCUGCAGCUCCGGGACGCGCUGCCAGCGAGGCGCCUGCCGGUGCGAGCGGGCGGCGCGGCUGUGCCGGGCCCGGCUCGGCCCGGCCAGGCCCAGCUCCACCGCCGCGCCGGGUGCCGGGGGGGAGCCGGGCGCUGCUGAGGCAAAACCUCCCUGUGCGAAAGCAUCUCCGGGCUGAGCGGCGAAGGGACGGCGCCUCCAGCCCUGGCGAGUCUCCUCCUCGGGGCUUUUCGGCUUCGAGGCGAGGAGAAGAAGCCUCCGGCCAAGGGCAUGCGGGGAGCGGAGCAGCGCUGACCUGAUGUCCAGCACAGCAAAGCAGGGCAGGAGAGGACACCUGCCCCUCGUCCCGGUGAGGGGCGGCAUGGGGACCGUCCCCCUUGGCAGCCUGUCCGCUCCCUCCGCUUCCUGCUUCUCAGCAAAUCCCCUCCUGUUGCUCCAAAAUAAAACCAGAGAGCCCAAAG